AUGUCCCAGCUAUUUCUACCGUCUUCGCCAGAACCAGGCCUAGAGUCUACUCAAAAUCAAAAUAUCACAUUCUCCGCAUCUACUUCCCAUGUGGGUCAUAUCGCAGAUCUACUAAAUACCGUCACCUCCAUCAGCUCCCAUGCGUUGAUGAUCAUCUCAGAUAACGGCAUUGUCGUGUUUAGUGAGUACAACCACAUCACCAAUGUCCAGUUGACAAUAGACCUGAGUUUGUUCCUGUCAUACUCCUUGCAUCUGGAUCAACCUUUAGACGGACCCAAGGAACUACGAUUGGGUGUUGAUAUUCAGUUGAUUGCAGAUUCAUUCACAGCUGCCGCGUCUACAUUGGCACCCAAAUUCAAAAAUUCAGCAUCCAAGCCGGAAACUGUUCUUUGCUACAUAAAGUAUGGAGGAGAGGGCCACCCGUUGGUGAUUGAGUUUGAAGAUAGACUCAUGAGUGAGAAGAUCGAGUUCGCUACGUUCUACCUUGAUAUGGACUAUCCGUACGAUAAGACAGAGGAGAGUGGUGACUUACUUGUUCGUCAUGAUAUGGUCCAAUUUGAACUCAUUGUCAAGAGUGACCUCCUUACGGUCCUUCUCCAAGACUUGCAGCAUAUCAAUACCGAGAGCUUGUACAUCUACGUCUCCAACGACGGAUCCAACAAACGGGAGACCAAUCAGCUCAAUUUCAUUUCUAGCGGUGCCAUUGGGUAUCUGAAACUUUUGUUUCCUAGCGCCAAGACGAUGAUGGAGAAACUAGAGAUUUUCAAGGUGGAGAAUGGAACUAUGGAGCCCACCAAAGACUCGGUGCUCUCGUGCUUCUCCUUCUCGCCGUUUAUCAAGAUCUUCAAGGCGGUGAAACUCCUGUCCAAGUGCAAAAUCAUGAAGGACGUAUCUGGUAUACUAUCCUUGCAACUCCUUUGCAAGCAUCCCGGAGUGGCCAACUACCCUGGCUCACUUAUUACAUUCAAUAUUAUAGAGAAAGCAUUAGUGGGCGACGAGUUCGAACAGCUGAACGCCGCCGACGUCAACGGUGUUUUUGAUGACAAUCAUUAUCAUUACGUUGAAAACUAUGACCAGUUGGUGACUGAAGACGUCAGAGUGGCUGAACCAGCGAGGGUCCCAGCACAGGCAGCCGUGGAGCCGCCAGAGCUCAGCACUCUAUCCAUCAAAACGGCAAAAGCCUUCUCGGGAGGAGGACGACCAUGA